AUGGAACUACAUGUGAACGCUGACCUCUGCGACAGCAGUGACACAGCACACGUGUCUUUGGGCCACAGCUACUCCUACCAGAUCACUCUAAUGGUAACACGGUUGAAUCUCCUCCUGACUGGGAAAAUAGAAAGUGCUGUUACCUCGUUAGCUGCUUGCAGUGGAGAACUGGAACAGCACACGGAGAGACGGGGAGUCAUCUACAGUCCUUCCUGGCCACUCAACUACCCACCAGCAGUCAACUGCAGCUGGUACAUUCAAGGAGAUCAUGGAGACAUGAUCACAAUUAGUUUUAAGAACUUUGACUUGGAAGACUCCCAGAAGUGUGCAGUGGACUGGUUGAUGAUUGGCCCAUCUUCCAAGAGGGAGGAGUACAAAGUGUGUGGCUCUUCCAUACCUCCAUCUUUCAUCUCUGCAAGGGACCAUGUUUGGAUAUUUUUUCACUCAGAUGCAUCAAGCUCAGGACAGGCUCAGGGAUUUCGUCUUUCUUAUAUUAGAGGGAAGACAGGCCAGGCUGUGUGCCAGUCAGAUGAAUUUCGUUGUGCCAACGGGAAGUGUAUUCCCAGUACCUGGAAGUGUAAUUCCAUGGAUGAGUGUGGUGAUAACUCGGAUGAGAGAAACUGCACUGUCCCUCCAACAGACCCUCCAUCCAGCAUCUGCCCCUCAGGAAUGUUCCAGUGCAGUGCAGCCCACUCCACCAAAUGCUUGGUGAACGAGCUGAGGUGUAACUCAGUCAAAGACUGCAGCGACGGUUCGGACGAGGAUAACUGUCCUGAUCUUUCCUGUGGCAAAAAGCUGGGUAAUUUUUAUGGCUCUUUUGCCUCCCCAGACUUGUUCCGUGCCGAUCACAGCCGAUCGGACCUUCGCUGCACGUGGUACGUGGACACACAGGACAACAGACACGUUCUGCUGCAGCUCGACUUGCAGUUAGGCUACAACGACUACGUAAAGGUGUACGACGGCAUUGGGGAGCGAGGGGACAAAUUAAUGCAGACAUUCUCACACCACAACAACAGGCACUCGGUGAGCGUGGAGUCGUCCAAGGGCCAGCUCACGGUGUCCUACCACGCUCGCUCCAAGAGCACCGGCCACGGGUUCAACGCGACCUACCAGGUGAAAGGUUAUUGCCUUCCCUGGGAACACCCGUGUGGAAGUGACGAGGAGUGUUUCACGGACAAGCAGCACUGUGAUGGCUGGUGGCACUGCCCCAAUGGCAAGGAUGAGGAGAACUGUCCUGCUUGCCAGAAGAACGAGUACCCGUGUGAAGGAAACAGUGGGCUCUGUUACUCAAUCCUCGACCGCUGCAAUAACCAGAAGAACUGCCCAGAUGGCUCAGAUGAGAAAAACUGCUUUACGUGCCAGCCAGGAAACUUCCACUGUGGGACAAAUCUGUGCAUCUUUGAGACUUGGCGCUGUGAUGGCCAAGAAGACUGCCAGGAUGGAAGUGAUGAGCACAACUGCCUGGUGAUUGUGCCCAGGAAGGUCAUCACGGCUGCUCUGAUUGGGAGUCUGGUGUGUGGCUUGCUGCUGGUGAUAGCACUGGGCUGUGCCUUUAAGCUGUAUUCUCUGAGGACCAGGGAAUACAGGGCGUUUGAGACUCAGAUGACGCGACUGGAGGCAGAGUUUGUGCGUCGGGAAGCUCCACCUUCCUAUGGACAGCUGAUUGCACAAGGACUGAUCCCCCCUGUUGAAGACUUCCCCGUGUACAAUGCAUCCCAGGCCUCGGUGCUGCAGAACAUCCGCACAGCCAUGAGGAGGCAGAUGCGCCGGCACUCGUCGCGCCGCAGCUCGUCGCGGCGCCGCCUGGGCAGGCUCUGGAGCAGACUCUUCCACAGGCCCCGGGCGCGAGGGCAGAUCCCCCUCCUGACGCCUGCCCACCCCUCUCAGACUACCCUGGGGGACGGGGUCAUCACCCAGGCCGAGGGGGCUGUUCAGAGCCCCUCGCCCUCCCCUGCAGGACCUGCUGCAGAGCCGAACGGCCAGCCCAGGGGCCCACAAGAAGUUGGGUGUAGCAGCUUGGAGCCAGAGACUGAGACCACAGAGCCGUCGCCUCGCAGCACCUUCCCCAGUACUUGCACAGCGGCACACGCGGAGCCCGAGGCUGCACGUGCUGACAAACCUGCAGGUGCUGACUCUGCCAGAGAGCUCAGGCAGCCAGGUAAAGCGGAUUCAGGAAAGGCUUUCAGAGAUCCUCUGUCUGAAAGCGUUACAGAAACGACCCACGGAGGGUCAGCGUCCCUGAGGACUGUCCCAGAGGACAACAGUCUGAGUGGAAGUCAUCCGCCGAGCCAAGAGCCAUGUAGGUUGCCCUUAAAAAAGUGGGAGUGUGGUUAUCCAGACAGCCCUAUGAAUGUUCAUAUCCAAGUGGAUGGACAGAACCACCCCUGCCCUAACUCCUACCGGGAGGAGCCUUUGGGGGUUCACGUGGCUUGUUGCCAUUCUGUGGAAGUGCCAAUGGUAGAGUCCUCUACUCCCCUCUCUGAUAUCAAUACCAGUGAUGACGAAUCUUUACUUGUUUGCUAAUAAAA